CGGAGUUGAAGCGUGCUUGGACCCAGACGGCGAUCUGUGUUUGGGUUCGGACUCUGGGAGGAUUUUGGCUUUGGUCGCCUUCCUCUUUCAGAAGACUCGAGAUCGGCCAGCAGGUCUGCGAGAUUUGAAACGCGACUGUUACUCCUUGUUUUCCGGUUCUGGCCGCGGGAGCCUCUCGGGAAGCGUGGAAAGAAGGGUAGGGCGUAUGCCUAGUGACCGCCUCUGGUUGUCGGACUCGCGGCUGGCGCCGCUACGUGGAGUCGCUCUCUCUUCGUCACUUUUGGUUGCAGACUGGUUGAGUAGAAGUGCAGACUGAUGCUUUAAGACUCGGGGAAAGGUCUUUCCUUUAUCUCCACCCCAUCAAGCACCCCAGAGACCUUGGAGAUUUGUCUUGUUUCUAGACACGUGUACUCGAAUGUUGUGCGGAGGACUUAAAUAUUCGAGAAGAAAGUGGGAACUCCUGGAAUUUUAAGAGAUUUCUGUGUAUUUCCAAAGCUUUUAACUACCGGCAGCGUGGGAUUCGUGAUUGUUUUUCGCCAUCGUGUGGCUCCAACAUGUCCUUCCCUUCUUGGUUAAGUCACCUGUACAGGGGUUUAUCCAGACCCAUCCGAAGGACCACCCAACCUAUCUGGGGUUCUCUCCACAGAAGUCUGGUGCAGAGUUCACAGAGGAGAAAUCCAGAAUUCAGUAGCUUUGCUGUCCGGACCAACACAUGUGGAGAGUUGCGUUCGUCUCACUUAGGUCAAGAAGUCACCUUGUGUGGAUGGAUUCAGUACCGAAGGCAAAACACAUUCUUGGUCCUAAGAGAUUUCCAUGGGCUUGUUCAAGUUGUCAUUCCCCAGGAUGAGUCGGCAGCCUCUGUGAGGAAGAUUUUAUGUGAAGCCCCUGUGGAAUCUGUGGUGCAAGUGUCUGGUACAGUCAUUUCCCGUCCUGCAGGACAGGAGAAUCCAAAAAUGCCAACAGGUGAGAUUGAAAUCAAAGUUAAAACAGCUGAACUUCUGAAUGCCUGCAAGAAGCUGCCCUUUGAAAUUAAGGACUUCAUGAAGAAAACAGAGGCUCUUCGGUUGCAGUAUCGCUACUUAGAUUUGCGUAGUUUCCAAAUGCAAUAUAACCUGCGACUGAGGUCCCAGAUGGUCAUGAAGAUGCGGGAAUAUCUCUGUAAUCUGCAUGGAAAGGGUGCCAAAGAGUUUUUAGUACCAUCCAGGGAACCUGGAAAGUUUUAUUCUCUCCCUCAGAGUCCUCAACAGUUUAAGCAACUUUUGAUGGUUGGCGGUUUAGACAGAUAUUUUCAGGUUGCCCGAUGUUAUCGAGAUGAAGGUUCAAGACCAGACAGACAGCCUGAAUUUACUCAGAUUGACAUAGAGAUGUCUUUUGUAGACCAGACUGGGAUCCAGAGUUUAAUUGAGGGUUUGCUCCAAUAUUCCUGGCCCAAUGACAAAGAUCCUGUGGUUGUUCCUUUUCCCACUGUGACUUUUACUGAGGCGCUGGCCACCUAUGGAACUGAUAAACCCGACACUCGCUUUGGAAUGAAGAUUAUAGAUAUCAGUGAUGUGUUCAGAAACACAGAGAUUGGAUUUCUUCAAGAUGCACUUAGUAAGCCCCAUGGAACUGUGAAAGCCAUAUGUAUCCCUGAAGGAGCAAAAUACUUAAAAAGGAAAGACAUUGAAUCCAUCAGAAAAUUUGCAGCUGACCAUUUUAAUCAGGAAAUCUUACCUGUAUUCCUUAACGCCAAUAGAAACUGGAAUUCUCCAGUUGCUAGCUUCAUAAUGGAAUCGCAAAGAUUGGAAUUAAUAAGACUAAUGGACACCCAAGAGGAAGAUGUGGUCCUACUAACUGCUGGAGAGCACAAUAAAGCAUGCUCUUUGUUGGGAAAAUUACGACUGGAAUGUGCUGACCUUCUAGAAACAAGAGGAAUGGUGCUCCGUGACCCCACUCUGUUCUCUUUUCUUUGGGUGGUAGAUUUCCCACUCUUCCUCCCCAAGGAGGAAAAUCCCAGAGAGCUGGAAUCGGCCCACCACCCAUUUACUGCUCCCCACCCCAGUGACAUACACCUGCUGUACACUGAGCCCAAAAAGGCCCGUAGCCAACACUAUGACUUGGUUUUAAAUGGCAAUGAAAUAGGAGGUGGUUCGAUUCGAAUUCACAAUGCAGAGCUACAGCGUUAUAUCCUGGCAACUUUACUAAAGGAGGAUGUGAAAAUGCUCUCCCAUCUGCUCCAGGCUUUAGAUUACGGGGCACCCCCUCAUGGAGGAAUUGCCUUAGGGUUAGACAGACUGAUAUGCCUUGUCACUGGAUCUCCAAGCAUCAGAGAUGUCAUAGCCUUCCCAAAGUCCUUUCGGGGACAUGACCUCAUGAGUAAUGCCCCAGAUUCUAUCCCUUCUGAGGAACUGAAGCCCUACCAUAUCCGAGUCUCCUGGCCAACAGACUCCAAAGCAGAAAGAGCUCAUUGAGUCAUGUAUACCAUCCAAAAAGUUAAGCUUUUAGGUUUUGUCCUCUUUGCUUCCCCAAGGCUAAAAUCAGAUCUAGAGUUCUGCCACAGGUCUGACAAUCAAGUCUUUAGAUGGAAGGAAUCCAGGCAACAUUCUUCGCCACAAUGAAGAAACAGAAGAUACCCAAUUUUGACUCGAUCUCAUGCAUCAUUCAGAUUUUUUUUUGGUUAGGACUUUUUUUUGAAGUUCCUUUUUACUUAGGUGUGAAAGAUGGUUCUUUGUUGGAAUAAUAUAGUGGUUUAGUGUUUUCAAAUCAUGUUUUUCAUACCCAGAUAGUAGAUUAUUCACUUACGACAGAGGUAAUCAGAUCAUGUGUGAAAUGUGGGAAAAUGCUUGCCCCUGUAAACUAGUGAGUUGAUAGUUUGCUUCAUAAUCCUCAUCAAGAGAAUCAUAUAAAUUAAGCUUUAUAAUGACAUUUCAACCAUCAACAUAAUGUAAUGAGUAGCAUAUUUUAUAAUAAUGUAGAAAACAUCACUGAAAUGAGAGUCACAAAUUUUUUUUCAGCCUGAGCAAGUUACAUAAACCUCUCUUAGCCUCUCUUCCUGCUAAUGUGUAAAAUACAUACUUGCCCUGGCUACCUCACAGGGCUUUUAUUGCUGGAAUCAGAAGAGAUAACAUAUAUGGAAGAUAAGUGAAUAAAAGUACUCUGAAAAACUAUAAAGCAUUCCAGAAAUGUGAGAUGAUCUUAUCCAUCCAUAAAUAGGUAGAUAUAUCUCUAUAUAUUUAGUUUCAGAUUAAACAAAACUGACAUCAAUAGUAAAAGUCAUUUUACUUA